AAGGUCGCCAUGGGGCACAGAAAGGCCCCCCAGGAGGAAAAGGCGCCCACGGAUCGGGCUUCUACCAGCAUGCAGACCAGGCGAGCAAAGCAGCGCAGAAGGGAUGGUCUCAGGACCGAGCGGGCGGAGGAGCAGCUGGCGCCGGCGGGCAAGGGAGUGCCGACGCACCGGGCUAUGGCAAAGGCUGGGCUGCGGGGUGGCCAGGAGGCCCGAGGACCAGCCGUCCUCCUCAUGAGCAGCAUGGUGGCCAAGGGAGGGCAGGGGGCGCGGCAAAGGAAGGAGACAGCCGUGGACGGGGCCGGAGCGUCGGAAGCAGGAAGCCAGAAGAGCGGCACAGUAGGCGGUUCGGUGCACGGAGGUCCCGCAGUGCCCGCGAGAGGUCCAAGGAGAAGCGCAAGGGAAGCCGCGAGACAGGUAAGCGCGGCUACAGCGAGGAUAAGCGAAAGAAGAGGUCCAGGAGCAGAACCCCUCGGAGAGAAGAUCGUGACAGAGUCCGGCUGCCAGUAAGAAGCUCAGGGAAAAACAAGGACCAGGACAAGGAGGAGGAGUGGGGGACGGAGAGAAUGAGGGAGAAGGACAAGGAUAAGCACAAAGAGAAAGAUCAGCCCAGCCACAGAGACCAGGAGACCGAGAAGGAAAAGGACAGAAAGAAAGAGAAGGACAAGGGGAAGGAGAAGGACGAUAAGAUCAGAGACGCUGAGAAAGAGAAGGGCAAGGAGAAGGAGAGGCGGGUGGGGAGCCGCUCCAAAUCGGCGAGGCGCAAAGACACGGUCGCCCCCCGGAGGGGGGGCCCCAGCAAGAUCCCCAACACGCCAGGGACCCCCUGGGCAAGCGAAGACCGACCACGGAAGGGGAAGGGUAACGAGGGCUUCAUAUCUGAUGAAGAAUUUUACGAUGUUGGGGAACACUACGGCAUGAGGCUCCCCCGGAAGAUCGCGAAGUCCAAGUGGAGCGAUGAGAGGGGCACGGCCUUCAAAGACCCAUUUGACGUGAGACUCAUCGAUUACCUCUUCCGGGGAAAGGCUGAUUUUGGCACCGGGCUUGUAGCGAACGGGAAGUUCGUGAUCUUCGAGGCGUGCCGGUCUUUGAACGAGCACAAUCUUGUAUCGUCGAUCCUUUUCGCCAUUCGGGACCGGAAGGCUCCGGCGCAGUUGAACCUUGACGCUCUGUGCGCCCAAGUAGGCAAAGACAAGCAGCUGGAUCCCGAUGACAAAGAAAACAAGCGGGAGAUCUUCAAAGACGUAGCCCAAAAAGUGGUCAAGGUGUUGUGGGAGAUCCAGGGCUUGGGGCCAGGAGGGGGAGGGGCGUCCAGAAGCGAGUUGGAUGAGACGAAAGAGAAGAUGAGGAAGUUGGAGGAGGAAAACUCCGCCUUAAAGAAGAAGGGCAAGGCAACGAAGGCGAAGGCGGGGGACGACGACGACGAUGAGGAGGGAGAGGAGGAAGCGGAGGAAGAGAUUGACCUCGAUGCGCAGCUCUCGCCCUACACCCGGGCAACGAAAGAGAAAGUCCUCCGGAAGCUGAGCGUGGCGUCCUUCAAGAAAGGACAUAUCGAUUCCAAAAUUCAGGGUCCGGAUUUGGACGAGGGGAAGAAAAAGAAAGCGGACAAGCUCGGGAAGGAUCUGCAGGAGAUGGUCAAAAAUUGGGCCAAGAGCUCGAUUGAGCAGAAGACCUUGGAUGAAAGAGUGGAGGAACUGAUCGUCGAGUGGGGCGUGCCGGUAGGAGUAGCAAGCGGGGCUUCUAGCAGGAAGGAUUACGAGCACAUGCUGAGGCUGCUCGCCGCCGCGGUGACCUCCGCGGAGCGACGGGAGGCGGCCGCCGAGAAAGACACCUCGGGGGCCGUGAGAAGAGCCAGUAGGCACAAUAAGACCGCCCAUUUUCACCGGAGUUCGUGUCAGUUUUGCGCUCUUCUGCACCAGGGGAUCCGGCAAUCGCCCGGGAAACCUGGCGCGGGGAGCGUGGCGCGGGCGAUUUUGUGGGCGUGGGGGCGGCCCGUCUCUCUCAGGCUUGUUUGCCAGGAGCCGGGCCACCUGGCAACGAAACUGGGCAGUUAGACGCAACAGACUCGGCGUUUCUUUCUCCACUUACACGUUUAAGUAUUUUAAUUGCGAGUGCGGGGUCUAUUUGAAGUUGCCCCCGAAACAUCGCAUGGCAUACGUCGGGAUGUUCACGCAAGGGAUGGCUCACCGAGAGGCUUCCCGCUGUCGGAAAUUUCGGCAGACUGGACUCGUCCAUGUGGAGCCCGCGAUUAGGUGGUGGAAGCGCUCCGGGGCAUUUUUCCAAUUUGCACCGGUAGUCGUGCAGGCCUGCCAGAACAGGCUAGAUGCUGCGGUAUCCGAGAUGCUAUUGCAGCAGGAAUCCCAACCCGAGCUCAACGCACCUCACGUGCAUAAGUUUUUAGGCCGGGUUUUCCCGAGCAAGUUUAGGUCUUCGGUGGUCCGCCCGCCGGGGAGGAGACUUUGGGCGCGCGCGCGCCGGCUGCUGCGCCCUGGGUCCGCCCACUUUCGCCCCCCGGGCACGGCGUUGGGCUCUUCCCACGCUGAGGUAUUUAAAACCAUUUACAUUCUAGGGGAGGCCAGCCGGGCAAGUUUUGACGUGGCUAGACGGUUGCGGUCACACAGCACAUCCGAAGUAGAACUGUACAUGAUUUUUAGGGCGACCAACUUUGUAGAUGAGCCCCGGCGGGGAGUUGCCCGGAAGGCCAUCGCAGACGCCAUGGAGUACCGUGGACUCGCCAUUCCCCGCAUUUCGAAGCCUCUGAAGAUCGGCGCACUGGCGCACCCUGCUUCCGGCUCGAGAGCCCGGAGUUGUGCCAAGGGUCUGCUGGCGGAGCACCCCGAAGCCGGCAUGCCGCUCCACCUGCCGCGCGUAGGCGUUUCGGAGGCGAGGUGGCCAAGCAUCCAAGAGCGGGUCUGGAACUACAAGCCCCUCACCAAAAAGUUGACUAGGAAAGGAGCGUCGGCUGUAGCCUGUGUGUGCGAUCGUUUCCGAGGCGUUUUGCCAGAGGCGGCAUGGUCCGCCACCGGGCACGUUGCGGUCCGGGGCUAUCUCCUCACUGGCUUGUCCAAGAAGGCCCGCGAAGUUGCUAGUGCGAAUUCCAAAGAAACGAUUUUCCCUGGAAGGCGCAGCUUUGUAGAGCACGCCACUGAGGCAGUUUUGAGUUUUCGGGAGGAAAAUGUCAUCAGUUCGGCUCCGUGGGGCGGCGUGGAAGGCUUGUCGGAACGGGCGUCUUGGUGGGCGAACCAGGAAUGGGAUUUACAUAACAGCACCAUCGCGAUUCUCCACCACAUCACAGAGAACGGGGUUAGGGAGUUGAAGCGUACCUACGGCGACCUUGUCUGGCACUGCGAAGACCAUCAAUGCACGAGACUGGUGGGGCAUUGCCCUAAGCUGUAUGCGUCGCUGUUCAUCGACACGUUUUCCAACGCCCCCGACGCGUUCAGAGUUGAAAGGGUGUCCCCCGGGGGCGCCGCCCGCCAGGUGGGCGCCGUGCUCCCCCGAGGUGUCAGGUCGGCGGUUCCGUGGGCGUUCCGGGGGAGGACCUUCGACAAGCUAGCGUCGUGCCGGUGCAUGCCCAAAAGUAAGAAAGGCUUCACCACUGCCCGGUGCAUCAUCGAUUUCACAGGUCAUCCGUUGAAGCGCUUGCACCAAGCGAUCGGGAGGAUAUUGAAGGAUGUCGGCAUUGAGGUGGUGGGUGAGAGGUCCUUCAACGCGGCGACCACGGUCGACGCCAUCGGCCGGCUGAGAAGGUACAAUUCCGCAUUGCAGAGUUGGGCGGGCCGCAGCCCGACUGCGCGUGACGAGCGGCCGGUGAGGAUGUGGAAAGAAGACUUGAAGGGUUUCUUCCCGUCCGUCCCCCAAGAAAGAUUGCUUGAAGAUGUGGAGUUGCUGCUUCGCCUUUUUCUGGAUAGCCGCCCCGGUCUGCUUCCAGAGUCGGCCGUCUUCACCGCGUUCCCGAGGGAGCCAAAGAGAGCAGUUGUGUGCGGGAAGGUCCGCGAGGCAUCGGGCGUGCACGUCCCGCUGAGAGUGAUCGUCCCCGUCCUCCAGCACGCCGCGCAGGCUUCGGUCUUCGAGUGCGCCGGGGCCGUAGUGCGUCAAAUUCGCGGGGCGUUCAUUGGAUCACCAUUGCCCCCGCCCUGGUGCACGGUCUCGGUCAUGAUGCGGGAGCGCUCUUGGAUGGAUUCUGCCGCUGCGUCGAUCGCCCUCGCUGCGUGGACUUGGACGGGCGCGAGGUAUGUUGACAACAGGGUGGUCCUGGGCCUCCAGAGGAAAAUCGGCGGCGCCACCCUGGUGCCAUCGUCGCUUCUUGACCCGGGCUUCUACGUAGACCCCGUCGUGUUGGAGCCAGAGCCUGACAAUUCUUUUGUCGGUGUGAAAGUUCUCGCAGACGGCCUGAGGGUUGAGGCGCAAUGCACGGUAGAUGGCUUUCCCGACAUCGUCGUCGAGGCCGGCUCGCUGCGGUUCCCGACGCACCACAAAUGGCGUUAUAGGAGCGGGGCGUCUGGGGGGAGCGCAGCAGUGAAGGUCGCCGGACUUCUUGGGGGGAUGCACCAAGCCAUUCGUUUAAGCUACCCGAUUCGCCGCGCCAGGCGGGCCGUAGUGCAGUUGGCCGUCGUCUAUCUCGCAUUAGGACACGAUCACAUAGACGUGGUUGGAGCCGUGCAAACAGUCGGGAAACGGCACCCUCAUGUGGUAGGCACCCUCGCUCGGGAACUGGCCGCGGCGGCCGCGGACAGUGCGGCCCUUUUGCGACUGGAGGCGAAACGGUGAG